AUGUUGUUCAACAAAGCCAUCCUCUUGUCUGCCUUGUCUGCCUUGGCCUCUGCUAUGCCUUCUGCCCACCAUCAACACAAGCGUUCCGACUCCUCUUCCUCCCUCGCUAAGGGUAUUGCUUACACUCCUUACACUGCCGCAGGUGAAUGUAAAACCACUUCUGAAGUCGCCGAAGAUUUGAAGACCAUCGCCGACUACGAUAUCAUCAGAUUGUACGGUACCGACUGUAACCAAGUCUCUAACGUUCUUGCCGGUAAGGCUGACUCCCAAAAGCUUUUCUUGGAAGUUUACGACCCAUCCAGCAUCGCCGCUGAAGUUUCUGUCAUGAAGAGCGCCAUCGAAUCUUCUGGUUCCUGGGACGAUGUCCACACCGUUUCCAUCGGUAACGAAUUGGUUAACAGUGGUUUGGCCACCGUCAGUCAAAUUGCCGAGUACGUCGCCACCGGUAAGACUGCCUUGACUGCUGCUGGUUACACCGGUCCAGUUGUCAGUGUCGACACCUUCAUUGCCGUCAUCAACAACCCAGGUUUGUGUGCUCACUCCGACUACAUUGCCGUCAACGCCCACGCCUACUUCGAUGGUGGUUACACCGCUGAAGAUGCCGGUGUCUGGCUCUUGAACCAAAUCCAAAGAGUCUGGGAAGCUUGUGAAGCCGAAACUGGUGAAACUAAGGAUGUCUUCAUCUCCGAAUCCGGUUGGCCAUCUGCCGGUGACACCAACUCCAAGGCUGUCCCAUCUGUUGCCAACCAAAAGGCUGCCAUCUCUUCUAUUGUUGAAAACUGUGGUAAUGACACUAUUGUCUUCUCUGCUUUCAACGACUUGUGGAAGGCUGACGGUAGUUACAAUGUUGAAAAGCACUGGGGUAUCUACUCUAGCUGA